CCAUCGGAUCUUGAUCCAGAACCACAAGAUGACAAUCAUGUUGAAAUUCUUUUUACUCACGCUGGUGGCGAUGGCGGUCACGGCAUGGCCCUCGUUCUUGGUACAUGAAGGCCACGGUCUUGGAGCAGAUGAGCCCAAACUCAUCUCGCAAUCAGUACAUUUACAGGAGGUACCGACCAAGGUGAUCAAGGUUACUAAGACAGUAGCCAUCAAGGUCCCUGUACCGUAUCCCGUUAAGGUGCCGUUCCUGAUAUCUAAACCGGUGCCUGUGCCGCAUCCAGUCCCCGUACCUCAUCCGAUUACUUUGACCAAGCCGAUCUUCGUUCCUGUGCCAAAAGCGAUCCCGAUUCCACAAUCGAAUCAUGAUGAAAGUGGUAUUUCCGCUGGAACUGAAGGCGGAGGUGAUCAUGUUAGCCAUGAGACGUCUCACUACAGCACUUAUACCUCUCAAGGCCAUGAAUCCUACGAUCAGCAUAAUAGCGACCAACAGGCCCAAUUCCAGCCAUCUCAGCCCGACUACUCGACGGAUCAUUAGCUUUCGAAAUGCGACAGAACGACUGAUUAUGGCGGUGUGCGAGGUCUGUGUGGUUGAAAGGAAAAGUAAAUCAAGAAAUAAAUCAUUGACGUACGAUAUACGCAAACCGGUCAUUUUGAAAGCGGUUUAAGCGAAAUGUUAAAGGGUUUGAAUAAGUAACAUACGAGUACUAAAUGACGUUGCCCUUUCUUGGAAACUUGACUCAUUCCACUUUCAAAGUCGAUAACCUAAUACGUGAAAUAAAGUGAUAUUUUCCAAAUUUAUCGCAAAUACAGAUCACUUUUCAAUUAGAUUUAAAAGAAAAAAAGAAUAAUUGGACAGAAAAUUAAUUUUAUACUUAUUA